AUGGUAUCAACGAGAGGCGGCGCUCGAACGAGUGCUGGAGAUACGGUGGCGACUCUCAAAAAGAAACCGGCCCGCAAGCCGGCGACAGCAGCAGCAAAACCCGCAACCACACAGACGACGCGAACCAGGAAAACAGUGCCUGAGACGGGUCGCAUAUCGUCAGCAGAACUGCGCGAAGAUGACGAAUUGGAUGAAUUGGCUGCGCCCGCUCCACCGCCAGUCAAAGGCAUACGGAAGGGCCGCCUAGCUACGGUGGAAAAUGAUGUACCAGCAGAGAAGGCUGCCACAAAGAAGGCGACAAGACCAGGAGCCACGACGAAAACAACAGCGAAGAAGGUCACACAACCCACAGCCUCCCGAACGAGCAAGACCACACAGGCAGCAAAGCAGACUACAGACAUCGUAGAGCCGCGCGACGCGCCUCAGCUGAAACCGACUCAGUCGCGGGCCACGAGGCCUACGCGAGCGACAGCGGCAAAGGAGAAGGCGGCACCACUAUCGCCCAAGAAGAUCACUCAGGUCCUGAAACCUAAAGUGGCAACUACCAAAACCACAGUCAACAAAGCAGCUGCGCCAGCUAAGCCAGCCGCCAGACCAGUGGCAAGAAAGCGGAACGUAUCAGACGAGAAUGCCGAUGUGGCGGGUCUGGCAUCAGCCAUAGACGGGGCAGAUCGAACAUCCAGAGCGCCCAAGCGACGGAAUACGCGCGAAGGUGCCGCAACAGCGACGAAGAUUGAGAUAGAUGCAGCACCCACCAAGUCAGCAACUUCAGCAGAUCCUGCACAGCGCGUCCUGAAGCCAAGAGAUGAUGUGCUCCAAGAUGAUGGAAAUUCGGAGCUCAGGGAGGACCAAGAAGGACAACAAGUAUCGGACGAUGAAUUGUGCGCGCCGAAAACCCCGAUGAGACGCUGCGAUCGCCAGGAGCAUUCUCACCUAUGCACAGCUCAGGCUGAACCACUCGCGAAUACAAGUGUAGCGUUGGAGACGCCUGUCAGACGAUUCCAGGUCCUGGGAACACAGCGGGGAACGCCACAGACUCAAAGACCAUAUUUCAAGCAGAAUGUUCAGACAUUGGAGAUCCGACCCAUGACAGUCGCGAGAGCACGCGACACGGCCAUGGUGUUUCCAAAGCUGCAACCUUUGCCUCACCUUUCCAUACCCAACCAUUCCGAUGCUUUGCAAAAUCACCUGGAACCCCGAAUUUCAGACCAGAGUUUACAUUCCGCAAGCGACCACAAGCCCGAACAAGAAACAAACUCCCCGAGCCCGCUAGUAGAUGCAGAAAUGCGAGAUGGGACUUUGCACGAGAGCCAUUCACAGCAUGAGCACGGUGACCUGUCCGAACCGCAAAGUGCUGCGCUCUCUCAGACGCCUGACCACGGCAGAAUGGACGAAGCAAUGGGUGGCGAACGAAGCACUUUACCACACGAUACAUCUUUCGGCCUUGAACCCAGCAUGGCCACAAUUGCUUUCGGUACACCAUCCAUAGUCGCUAGCCGAUCUUCAAGCCUUGGUGAAGAUGCCAUCGAGCAGCCAGAGACAAUCGACUGGAACAACCUGCGAGAGGACAAUACAUCACUCUUCGAGCUCGAAAAUGAUAUGACGUUGUUUCAAGGUCUACCGCAGGCGGAGCCUACCGAACGCCUUAUCAUUCCAGCAGCCUUACGUGACAACUCACAUAUAACUUGUGAGGAAGAACAAACCACUGCACAGUUGGCGGAAGUCGGGAACGAUUCAACCACGGAUCUCUCCGAGUCUACACCAAGCGUGGCCAAACAAUGCGACUCUCCCGAACAGACUGUCAACAUAAGCGAUUUCCUGGAAACCACUUCUCUGGUAGCACAUCGCGAGGAGGUGCUCGAGCCUUCGCAAGGCGCCGUGAUCGCUCAACGCCCAGAAAUCGAAGAACUUGUUGAAGACGACACGAUGGUCGAUGGCGACGUGACACUCAUGUGUGAUGAAACAGACUUGAAUCGGGCCGUUGCUACAACACCUUUCAAAAUCGCCACGGCUGAGGAGGUCGAGGAAGAAGACGGCGAAAUCCAAGGAGAUGACACUCUGAUCAUCGAAGAGCUAGAAUACUCUUCCAGCGCGGCCCGCUCACCGAUCAAAUUGGUCACGGCAGAGGACAGCAUUGAGGAGGAGGAGGAUGCCGGGAUGGAGGGAGACAAUACCCUGAUCCUCGAUGAGGCGGUCUUCUCUCCCAAGACUGCCCGCUCACCGAUCAAAUUGGUGACUGCAGAAGACAGCCUCGAAGAGGAUCGAGACACAGUUGAGGGGGACAUCACUCUCUCGCUCGAGGAAUCUAGCUGUCCACGCACAACCACACACAGCCCGAUCAAGCUGGCCACGAUAGAAGACUUCCCCGAAGAGCAGGAGGGCGUUGAAGGCGACCUUACGCUUGCACUAUCUUCUCCCCUGCCGCAGCAAUUGGAAACUCCGGCCCUGACCCUCGAAGGUGGUGGAUUUGAAGACAAAUUCCGCAAUCUAGACAAGAGUGGUACUCCACGCUGUGCAGAAACGACACCCAUGAGCGCAGAAGCCGCAGAAUCAUCCUCGGGCUUUGCGAUCGAAAUUGAUCACGAUCUGCUGGGAAAGAGCAGCAAGAACAGAAUGUCCCCGCAUGCCCGUCUUUCCACGCCCUCUGGCACUGGAAGCGUCUUCCACGGCACCCCUCUUGUUCCCUCACACAAUCACUCGCCGCAACGGUCUCCUUUCCAAGAGCAAGCAACGCCAGCAUAUGUGCCUAUGCAGACUGCUUCCUCGUUGAAGAGGAAGUCCCUCCAUGACACGACAGACACAAGCCACUCAAUGGCUACGACUCCCAAGCGAACACGUUCAAGCUGGUCCCCAGAGGUGUCCCGGAGCCCUCAGACAGUGAAGUCUGCCGUGUUAGCGAGUCGGUCGCUCACGCCUGCGAGACGAUCGCCCAACAAGCAACCUGCAACUGCACAAAAGCCCAAUUCGUUGCGCAAGAUUGCACUCAAGGCAACUUCGACUCCGAUGAGGACCAUUUCAAAAGCGUCGACAAGUACCCCUAGUGAGGUGGCAAUGACGCCGCAUCCAUCAGCACCUCUACGUGGUGUUGUGGCUCUGGUCGACGUAUAUACCCACGACGGUGCUUGUGUGUCACAGUCUUUUGCCAUGUUGCUCAGAAGGCUGGGAGCCAAGACGACAAAGACCUUCAACGACAACGUCACGCAUGUAGUCUUCAAAGAGGGAAACCCGAAGCUGAUCGAAGCUCUGACAAGCUACAACGCGCAGAUCGCAAAUGAAGGGACUGGUAAAGAAAUCUACUGUGUGAACAGCAGAUGGGUCAACGACUGCGAUGCGCAGGGACAUCGUGUUGCGGAGACCGACGAGGAGUACGUUGUCGAGGUAGACGAGUAUCCACGCAGCACAAAACGACGUCGCAAGAGUAUGGAGCCGUCCACUCUGUUGAAGACCAACGGGGGCAACAUUAUACGUGACCGCAGGACUAGCAACGGCCGGUUGUCGAUCGGUCGCGCGAGCAUGAAGGGCAUUUUUGACCACUCUGACGAGACGUCGUUGAUUGGCACGCCUGACAAGGAGAACAGCGAGGACGGCUCGGAGCCUGCCACGCCUGCCUAUCUCAAAGCCCCCAGUUCAUUGGUACAGCAGACCAUGCCGGCGAAGAGGGUGCGCAAGUUGAAUCUCAGCGCUAAGGCAGACACGCAGAGGAGGUUGACAUUCGCUAAUGGGCUGGAACUCUAG